AUGGCACUACACACUAUCGCUACUUCAAUGGGCUUUAUACCACCAGCUAUUACGCUUGAGAAUUUGAACGUCCUUCAAAUGCCCGACACCAUUUGUAAACUCUCACGCUCGCUGUCGAGUUUCACAUCCCAUCCUUCACCGGCAUCAGAGAGCGGUCCUUAUAUUGGGUUUUACUGGUUCUGUUGCCAUAGAAGGCUUAGAGAAAUUAUCACGCGAGUGAAAGGUCCGUGCAAUACCCGCAACACGCUACUUUCGGAAGUCUGCCGGAUCUGUGGACAUGUCAAGUGUAAAGACUGCUUGAUGAAAGCUCAAGAAGCAGAGGAUCUGAGCAAACCUAGUAUCACUGAGACAUCAGAGAAUGAACCCAAACCGACUGCUGAGGAUUCGCGCAAUUCUCAGGGUUUGAGGAUGGUACCAAGAAAGAGAAGAGGAAACAGAAGAAAACUCAACCCAAAAGCAAAGAGCAAGCCCACAGAGACGGUAAAGGCUAUCGCAGAAGAAGAUGCGGAGCCAACUACCCCCCAGGAGGUAGUAAACACUACCACGACCGAGGCGUUCGAUGAAGCUAUCUUAUGUUGA